AUGAAUAAGAGCAAAGGCAGUGGUGUUUCCUGGGUGAAACCAGCGGAGCCCUCCUUUCUCACGAAGUUUAAAACUGAUGUUGGCUACAAAGAAGGCCCGACUGUUGACACUAAGCGGCAGGAGAUGCCAUCACUGGACGAUGACAGUGGAAGUGAUCGAGAGGAUGAAUUACCUCAAGUUGUUGUCCUUCAAGACGGAGACCUGACUUCAGAGGAAGUGAAAGAUCUCAAGGAAGAAUCAAAAUCUAAAGGCAAACAAGAGAAAAGUGACGAGGCGCCCGCUGAUGGUAAAAUCAUCUUCAAGAAACCAGCAAAGCGCUCCUCCACUGAUAAAUUUCAAGGCAUAACUGCCAGCUCCAGCAAGAAGCCACGAAAUGUAGUCGAGAAAGAAGAGAAGAAGGAUGUGAAUCCUGGGAAAAAGGUGAAAAAUAGCAGCCUAUUGUCAUUUGGUGGUGAUGAGGAAGAAGAGGAAGACUAG